UGAUAUGGUACGAGCGUGUUGUUAUCGAGUUUAUCAAAAUCUCUUUCAUUACUCAUUGGGCUAUGUACAAGCCGAGAACUGACAUAAACAGCGGUAUUUGCCGCCUUUGGUGUCUGUGAAUGUGCGAUAGUGUCAGUCUGUCUGUCAUUCGGCCGCGACGAGAGUAUCUUCUCCAUUAUGACUGAAAUGAACGGGACCGUGCAUUACGCUCUGGUGGCCCUCUGGGAGAAAUCCGGCUGCAAGAUCGUCGCGGAUUAUCCCGCGGAUCGGGACCCGACCUAUCGUGCUCUCACCCUCAGUACCCUCGAUGGCCUCAAGACGAUCGAAGACGAUAAAAUCAGCGUCGAUCGGGGCAAAUAUACUGUACAUGUGUUGAUUGGAGAACUUCAUUAUGCCUGUCUGACAUCGAGAUCUAAUUGCCCUUCCUCAACAAUACAACUGGAAUCUUGCUCUCAAAUAUUUCUGCAAAGACUACGAAACGUUUAUAGAGAAUUACCAAUAUUGGCGGACUUAUCGAGAGAUCUGACUAAUCUCGCGGUAGCUGAUCUUUCGAAACCUUUGAAAAAGAUAAUUGAGGAGUAUAAUCGUAAAGAUGCCGAUUCUGAAAAUUUGAUCUCGAAGUUAGAGGAAGAAUUGAUCGAGGUACGUCAUCUGUUGAUGGAUGGAGUUCAAAAGCUGAUCGAUAGGGGCGAGAGAUUGGACGAACUCGUUCGAAAGACGCAGAGCCUCGAAAUUUCGUCCCGGGACUUUCAUGUAGUAUCAAGGAUUCCGCAAAAGAAAAAAAAGAACAUUUUCGUAGCAGUCGGAGGAGCAAUCUUGAUAAUUACUGGCCAGAUAAAUAGAAUUAUUUCUGCCUAUUUGAGAAUAGUGUCAAUAUUAUGAACGGAUUAUGUCUUUUGAUUUACUUUCAAUCUACAUUGUAUAUUCUCUAUCUAUUUGUAAGUAUGACUGACAAUGUGUGAGAAAGAGAAUGACUUUCUAUAAUAUUUUUUUAAAAUAAGAGUACAUAGUAAUAUAUAUAUUUUAUAAUAAUAUGUGUUCUCUCUCUCUCUCUCUCUCUCUUUCUUUCUCACACACACAUACACACACACACACACAUGCACGUAUAUAUAAUAUAUAAUAUAUAAAUAUGCAUAUUCUAUAUAUGUAUUGUAUAACGCUUUAAUUAAACUAUAUUCACAUUGAUUGCAAAUGUUCCCAAAAAA